AUGUUCAAUUCUGUGUCUGCACCAGCUUCCGUCAACAGAACAGGGCUCAACCCUGCUGCGUCCACGUUCAACUGUACAUCCAGCACAACAACUCGACAGGUUCAGAUCGACCACCUGUACUUCCCUCACAUAAUCGAUCUCAUUUGGUCUUACAUGGACUACCCAGCCGUCGUCGCUUGCGCAAAGUCCAGUCGUUUGUGGGGAGAAAGGGCCAUGGAUUAUGUCCCCCACGUGGCUCUUAUCGAGUUCGAAGACGGCAGCGUCGUCCUUCGAAGCAGGGAUCUGGAAUGGCCAGAAGCACCGGCUAUACUCUUCCGCCCAUGCUCUUUCCUCGGAAGCGUCUCCAAAGUCCUCGGUGGUUUUGAAGUCGUAGACAUCUUCUUCAACACAGAUGAUGGCUUCAAGACAGCGUUCAAGUCCAAUGAGUGGCCCCUCAACUACUUGCGAUACACCACCUACGACGUGUGGCCACCCUUUCAUGAUUUCCCGACGCCUGAUGAAAAUGAGCCCGAGGAGGUUCGAAGUGCUACCGUCUUCAUGGAGUACCGCAACGGCCACUUCUUCUACGACACUGUGCUGGCAGUAGUGCCCUGCAAUAUCACGUCUCUGACGUUGACGGUGCACUGUUACUCAAACCCGACUAUGUCGAGCCCUCUGGUUACAACCGGCCACGUGAACACACUCAUCAGUCUGUUCCCAGGAUUGGAGGCUGUCAAAACUUUCACGGUCAUUCUUACGGGCUCAGAAGCCAGUGAUCCCUCCAUCGAGCCUGACGAACAGGGCUGCGGAUGCUGCGACAUUGAUUGCGCGGAGACCGUCUUGACUCUGGCGUCUACCUCUUUGGUCGCCGACUGCGGAGCCCUCUGUGAGCUCGCUCUGCUGGCCAUCCUCAUGCCCAAGCUCAAAGCACUUUACAUCGUCGGAACAGAGCUGUUCAGGGACGUCACAGGGGGAUACGGAUACCUAUACUGGGGUCCAUUUGACGCUGCCCUCGACCAGGAGGCAUCAUUCAAUGACCGACCGAGCGUGUCGGCGAAGAUCGACCCCAUGACGCACAAGGCCUAUGAGGAGUAUGUGGAGGAGAGGCGAUACCGUCUGCAGACUGAGGUCUGA